AUGUUGUUCAAGCUUGAAAGGGAUGGCAAAAUACAUGGGAUUAAAAUCGGCAGAACAGGACCAACUAUAUCCCACUUGUUCUUUGCAGACGACAUCCUCCUCUUUUGUAGGGCUAAUUCAGAUGAAGUAAAUGAAAUCAAAAAUUGUCUAAAUCUCUACUGCAAGUGGUCUGGACAGAGAAUAAACUAUGCAAAAUUUAGAUGUUUCUUCUCCAAAAAUACUUCUGCGGAAGUUAGGAAGAGCAUCAAAUCUCUUUUUGGUCUCUCAGAUCUCCCAAAAGAUGCCAGAUAUCUUGGAAAUCCCUUAUUUGGUAACAGAAAACACUCAAAGGACUACGAGGAGCUAAGAAUCAAGAUUGAAGCUACACUGCAAGGCUGGAAAUCAAAAUUGCUCUCUCAAGCUGGUAAAUACACCCUCAUCAAGUCAGUAGUUACUCCUCUUCCUCUUUACGCAAUGUCCACAGCAAAGCUCCCUUCGUUAUGGUGCAAAAACAUAGAGAAUUUGGCAAUUAAGUUUCUGUGGGAUAGAGGAAGGAAUGACAGGACCUUCAUUCCCAUCUAUUGGUCACGGGUAUGCCAACCAAAAGAGGCAGGAGGGCUCGGCUUAAGGAGGUUGAAAAACAUGAACAUGGCUCUUUUCAAUAAAUUAGCCUGGCACUUAACGACCAACGAGAACAAACUGUGGGUACAAGCCCUGAAAGCCAAAUAUUGCGAUGGCAAACCUUUCAUGUCAUGCCAUUUUAAGAAGAACGGUUCCUGGGCUUGGAAAGGCAUCCUCAAGUCCAGAAAACUUCUUUCCAAUGGUCUUUGCUUUAGAGUGGGGAAAGUUGAUAAGAUUAACUUUUGGGAAGAUUCCUGGAUCCCUAACAAUCCAAAUUUCAAGCCCCAACAGCUAUCGGAAGCAAAUAGGACCAAAUUUGGUAUGGAUGACUCUCUAAAAUGCUUGAAUGGAGACUGGAAUACCCUGAAGCUUCAGAAUCUAUUUGUUGAAGAAACUGUCAAAAGCAUUAGCAAAAUCUCUUCUUUCAAUCAUUUGGAGGAUAAACUCAUUUGGUGUGGGAAUAACAAAGGCAUUUUUUCGAUAAAGUUUGCUUUUGUGAUGGAAUUUUGGAGUGGCUUCGGGAUAAUCCAUGGUGGAACGACAAAGACUGCAUACACGGUUGUGGGUGCGUUAGAGUCGGAUAAUCAUCUCUUUUUUCACUACCAAGUAGCAAAAGUUUUGUGGUUUGCGCUCCCGUGGAGUAUCAAAUGGGAUGAUUUCGAAGAUUCCUCAGUUGAGGACAAACUUCAGUUAUUUGUCAAUCCAACAAGAUACCUGCCAGUGCACUUAGUUGAUAAAGAAGACUUCUUUUUAUACGCCUCUCUCCUCCUUGAGCAGUUGUGGAAAAUUAGAAAUUUAACCAAGCAAGAAAACAAAGUCUUCAAUCUGGACAACACUGUUAACCUCCUAAAGGUUAGAUUUGCAGAGCUUAAGGCUUCGACCUCCAAGGAGAACUUUGAAACGCAUGCAGUUAGUGUUAGCAGCGACUUAUGGAGGAAACCACCUGCUCACUUCAUAAAGAUUAAUUCUGAUGCUGUAGUGAAAGAUGGUUUUAGUACCAUCAGUGCUAUCGCCAAAGAUCAUAGAGGCAAAGUUUUAAAAAUCAAGGUUAGUCAUCUCCAAACAGACUUGGUGGAGUUAGCUGAAGCCUAUGGUGUUCUUCAUGGUUUAUAUUUAGCAGAGGAAUGUCAUUGUGAACAUUCUUAA